CCACCUCUCCAAGCAAACCCUAACCCUAACCACCACCAUGUCGUCGCUGCCUCUGCUGGUCUUCCGGCGAGGAUGGGUGGAUCGAUGGCGGAGAGAGCGAGACAGGCCAAAAUACCUCCGCCUGACGGACCCCUAAAGUGUCCUCGAUGUGACUCCAGCAACACUAAGUUCUGUUACUACAACAACUAUAACCUCACUCAGCCUCGUCACUUCUGCAAAGGUUGCCGUCGCUACUGGACACAAGGCGGCGCCCUGAGGAACGUCCCUGUCGGUGGAGGCUGCCGGAAGAAUAACAAGAAGGGCAAAAAUGGAAAUUCAAAAUCUUCUUCUUCGUCGUCCAAACAGUCUUCCACGGUCAACGCUCCAAGUCCAAGCUCAGGACAGCUAAGGACAAAUCAUCAGUUCCCGUUUUCACCAACACUUUACAAUCUCACUCAACUCGGAGGUAUUGGUUUGAACUUAGCAGCUACUAAUGGCAACAAC